UUGCUAUGGGUUACCACAGUUCUCGCUCUCUCUCACACGCACACAAGGUAACUUCAUCAUAAUAAUUCGGUUAAUCCGUUAAUCUGCAGGUUUUUAGUGUAUUGCCGACCUGGACAUAAAUGAAAACUGCCUGAACAGAUGUUUGUUUGAAGUCUCGUGACCCUGAAGUGUGUUAAACUGAAUUAAAAUGGCUCCUAAACGCGGUAAGAAUGAGCGGGACGGAAGUGCAGGUGUAGCGGCGAGUAAACCGUGGGAAGCGGCUCUGAGCUCAGCUGUGCUGCAGGAGGAGUGUUGGUGUGUGUGUGUGUCUCUGGUGGUGUGUGACAGUGUGUAUGAUGAGGUGUGUAUGAGAGCUCUGUGUCACGCUGUACAGCAGCCCCUCCGUUGCCGCUUCACCCUCCUGUCCUGGGAGAACCUGCUGCAGAAGGUUAACGACCUCGGGAACCCAAAGACGAGGAAGAUCAAAGAGCUUCCUGCAUUUUAUGAGGUGACGGAGGUGGCGAGGUCAGUGUUGGACUCGGGUUAUGAGCUUUCUGUUGACUUGUUGGCAAAAUUAGUGAAGUUUCAACUGCUGGAAAUCAAGAACACUGACAUACAGAGAAGAGCUGCAGUACAGAGAGAAGCAGGUUCAGAGUCUCCUGGUAGAGAGAAAAAUGCUAAAGGUUUAGCUAAAGGAGAAAAAGGUAAAAAAGCAGCAGAAGCUCCGCCUCCUCGUAAAGACACCAAACUGAAACGCAGAGGCGACGACAACACCAGCAGCUACAUCGACGAUGAACCAGACGACGGCCCAGAGCACUACGUCCUCAUGACAGGUUUCCAUCAGCCAAGUCUGAUCUCUGCAUUAGACUCUAUCGGUGUUCACGUCUCCAAUGUCAUCAGAUUGAAAUCAGACAGAAGUCAGAACUCACACGUGGCUCAGGAGGAGGAAAGAACCGACACGCCCAAGGAACACGAAUCCUCAGCCGGUGCGUCGGCUCUUCAGCAGGACCUCAGCGUGUUCUGGGAUCAGCUGGAUGGAGUUCUGAACAGCGCCGGCUUCCAAUCCCGACUUUCUGACGUUGCCCGACUGGACUACAGAGUGGAUCAGAACCUGCUGAGCCGAGAUUUAACCACUGCUGAGGGAAUGCAGGAAGUGGGCGUGGCCAUGUUUGAGGGUGUGGCCUGUUUGCUGUAUGACAGUUUGGAUUGGAGGAGGCAGCAUGAGCACUACCUGAGCAGAAUGAGACUGAUCCACAUCCCAAACAUCCACACACCUGAACACAGCGGCCGACCUGAUACAUCUGCUGAUGCUGUGAGAGUGAGGAGGGAAGCGGACGGCAGCGCAGAGUGUGUGGAUGUGGAUAUGAGGCUGUACUCUGAUCUUCUGGACAGAAUUCCUCUGCAGUGUGUCUCAGUUCCUCUCGUCCUGCACUGCCUGAUAGAACAGGUGGUUUCAUCAGAACAGGAAGUGUGCGGUGGAUCAGCGGAGUCAGAGUCGAGUUCAGACCCGGAGCAUGAUUUAAUCUGCUACAUGAUGCGGUGUGUGAGAGGUCUACCACGGAGCGAGCAGGAGAACAGCGAGCUGAUGGAGUAUUUUGGGAUUAAGGAGGAAGAUCAAAGUGAAAGUAAAGAGAGAAGCCCGACCGUGCUGCAUCAUCACGAUGAGAGAUCAAAGAGACUCCACCACAUGCCUGUGUUAGACAGCUUGGAUGCAGUGAGUGUUGAGGUGUGUAUGAUGAAGAAGAGUUCUGUGUGGAACACUCUGAUGUCUAAACACCUCGACACCAACAGCCUCAAUACAGCCAGGAGACAUGAACUACUGCACUACUGUUCUACCGACUCUCUGAGCUCUGCAGAUGUUCAGAGGCUCCUCCAGAUAUGUGUGUUUGAGAGCAUGCCCCUGACUGCAGUAGAUGCGAGUGGAGGUCACACACUCGCUGCAUCACACACUGCGUUACCGUGGGACGACCCCGUGACCUUCACACACACCGUCUACUGCGGCCUCGACACCACACACGAAAGUACAGUUGGAUGUGAUGAGCAGCAGGAGAAUAAAGUCAGUGUAGAAGAUUUACAGAAGACGCUGAUUCGACAUUUCAGACACUGGAACUUCACCGAACAUCACAAUGCUGAAGUCUUUCCUCAGGUUCUGCAGACAGCGUCCGAGUCGUACAGAUGUGUAGAUUCAUUCCACAGCUGUCAGUCCAACAUCAUGUACGUCUUCUGCCACAAUCCCAUGAGUCCUGAGAGGAGCAGCAGAGGCUCAUGGGAAGUGUCUCUUCACACCGAUGUUAGAUUCAGGAGUUACCUGGAGAACGUAGCCGAGUCCAUCAGAGACUGGAGCAGAACGGAGGAGGAGAGACUGCAGAAACAACAACAACAACAACAACAACAACAACAACAAGAGACAGAGACACUGGAUACAACAACGAAAGGAGUGUCAGUCGUGUCUCCAGUGCCAGAGAGGUCAGAAGUGUUUAUACGACACAACUCUCUGAAAGCAUGGAAGCUGGAGCAGGACAGACAGAAGGAUGAUGAGGUGAUGAGGAAUAUGAAGAAGGAGAAAGGAGGGAAGAGUUCGGCUAAAGGAGGAGAGAGAGUGGAGUCGAGCCCAGAGGACGAGCAUCACACACCUCACACUUCCACAGACCAGAGGAGCGACAUGAGUGAGGCUCCCACACACACCCACAACCAACCUGUGUUUACAGGUUACAGGAUGGACGGCAGGCUGGUGCAGGUGAGAGGAGAGAGUCAGUGUGUUUAUCCAUCAGAUGGAGGACAGAUCAGUGUGGAGAGAUUUCACUAUGUACAAGGCUCAACACAGCUGAAAGUAUGUGUGAGAAAAGAUGGCCACUGUUUCUACACACACAUCAGAGAACCAGAGACACAGAACACAAACGAUCAGCGGCGGAAAUUCGGCUGUUUUUACGCCGUACUGAGUAACGGACUCACAAUCGCCUACAGUCACGCACACCAGGAGGUCGAUGACGCGCCUCUGCAGCUCCACGUUUCUCUUCCCACUGGCCUUCAGAUCCACUUCAGCUUCCAACACAGAGCACAUGGUCAGGCUGUGUUGGUCUGUCAGUCACUCCCCUCCUCAGGAUCCAAACUCCCCGCCACACACACCGAGUCAUCACGUACUAUCACCUGCGAAGGAGCUGUGAUCAAACACAUGAGGGACGGCUCUACUGUGGUGCUGUUUGCUGAUGGUACAGUAAGUGUGAGUCCUGACUCUGGGCCAGUGUGUGUGACUGUCCCCACCAGUGCAGGACAGGAUGAGGACACAUCUACACACACACAGGGUAGAGACACAAAGGUUAAACCCAGGUCAGGUGUUGGAGUAGAGGGGGCGGAGCCAACAUCAAAGGUGGAGCUUAAAGAGCAGGUAAAGAUGACGGGCGGUUCAUGGUGCACCACCACUCCAUCAGGAGUCAGGAUCAGGACCAUGAGAGGUGAUCUGGUGGAGGAGAACCCUGUCCUGACCUUCUACAGCACUGACCCACAAACACACAGUGUGGUGAUGUCGAGGGAUGAUGGCGUGUUGUGUGUGUUGGAGAAGCACAGAGCUGUAGUGGAUCACGCUGACGGAACCAGAAUUUCCUCCUCCUACCAGCAGGGGGAGACAGUGAGCCAGCAGCGCUCAGGAAGCAGUAGUGAUGGAGGGAGAGUGAGCAUGGUGAAGGUGGAGAAGAGUGGCUUCGCUACAGUGAUGAUGAAGUGUGAGGAGAAAAGCAGUGAGGUUCUCUUCAGAGAUGGAACCACCAUCAGCGCUACUGCACACGGAUCAUACAGGGUGUGUCUGCCUGAUGGAGGCUGUCUGUCUCUCCGGGAGGAUGGUGUAGCCGUGUACAGCAGUACAGGACCUGAAGGAGACCAGCAUGGACGUUACAUCAUGAGUCACUCUGAGGGUUUAGUGUGUGAGCUCACUGACUCAGAGGGAAACCACUACCAGGUCACAGCAGAGGGCGGAGUCUCCAUCUCACACACACCCACUGACACGGAGAGCCAGACACAACACAACAUCGGCGUUGAUACACACACACCUCGGUUGUUUAUAGUGUGUGCUGACGGUUCUGCGCUGGAGUUCCUCUCCCCUCAGACUGUAGAUGAGAUUCUGCAGAAGGAGAACACAGAUCCCUCAGUCGCUGUGAUCAGAGAACCCAUACCACACACACACGAGGCGUUUGCGGUCACAAUCCUGAAACCCUUCUCGGACCUGAGCUCCUAUUGGCUCUCACCCAAACACCCGGAUGACAUCAUUCCUGCCAACCUCAAAUCCAGGAAGUGGGACACUUUCCCCGCGUCUGAGGUGAAGACCCACGGUUCUCCAUUCGGAGUGUCUCUAGGUCGAGGUUUAGAGCUGAAGGAGAGAACCACACUGGGAUCUGAUCCGACUCCUCCAGUUCUGCAGAACCCCAACACACUACUGAUCCGUCGCAUCACUGAACACACACCAUUUACACAACAACACUAUGAAGACCUGCAGCACAAACUGCUGUUGUACAUAAAUCAGCUCUUGCAGAGAGAGAAGCUGAAAGAUGAGAUGAAGCUGAAGGAUCCUCAAACAGUAGCGGAGAAACUUCAUCACACUGAUCUCCAUCCUGUACAGUCUCAGCCAGACGCAACACCUGAUGCAACACCUCAGUCCAUGCUGUCCCUGUACUCUCAGGCUGUAGGUGUGUCUCACUCUCCACUCUCUAAUCAACACAGUGAUCAACAAGUGACACACCGUCAACAGAAGCAGAAAUCAGAGUGGGGGAAGAGAAUCCACCAACACAGGUUGGAUCUGCAGGAGGAGACGAGACAUCGCUACGCUCUGAGAAAUCACAUCAUCACGCCGUAUUUCCAUCCCGAGCUUCAGGAGCUGACUCGCCACCUCCACCAGGAGGUGAAGGUGACAUCUCUUUCUCCGAAUCUUCCCUCGUUCCCUAAAAGAAGAAACGCCGGCUUACAGAACUUCAGCAACUCUUUUUAGUUCUGACGCUCUGCGAUUGUGGAGUUCGGGACCUCUGGGCUCAGAACCUUCUGUGUAGGAAGCCGGUCUUGUGGAGUGGGAAGAAAAUAAUAAAAUAAAGAAAGAAAAAUUCG